UUUCCGCCGCCAUCAAGUCUCCGGUGAAGAAAGCGAAUGAGGUCGGCGCCGCCGCUGAAAGGGCCGCAGAGUGGGGACUUGUUCUCAAAACUGACGACGAGACCGGUAAGCCUCAAGGGGUUAAAGUCAGAACCUCCGGCGAAGAGGCGAACAAAAGGGUCUCCGGCAACUCUGUCCGGAGCUCCGGCGAUUCGUACGAUGAAGGAACCGGUGCAGGGAAAGAGAAGGGAAUUCCAAGAAUCUCGGAGGAUCUUAGGGAUGCUUUAUCCGCAUUUCAACAAACUUUUGUGGUGUCGGAUGCAACUAAACCCGAUUACCCGAUUAUGUAUGCCAGUGCUGGAUUUUUCAAGAUGACCGGUUACACCUCCAAUGAAGUCAUUGGCAGGAAUUGUCGGUUCAUGCAAGGUUCGGAUACGGAUCCCACGGACGUGGCCAAGAUUCGGGAAGCUUUACAAUCAGGGUCAAGUUAUUGUGGGAGAUUGUUGAAUUACAAGAAAGACGGCACAGCCUUUUGGAAUCUCCUCACCAUUGCUCCUAUUAAGGAUGAAACUGGCAAAGUACUCAAAUUUAUUGGAAUGCAAGUGGAGGUUAGCAAGCACACGGAGGGAUUAAAGGAAAAAGUGGUCCGUCCAAACGGCCUUCCAGAAUCAUUGAUCCGAUACGAUGCUCGACAGAAGGAAGCUGCCACAAAUACAGUGAUCGAUCUAGUUGAGGCAGUGAAGAAGCCUUCCCGAUCAAGAGCACUUAGCGAAUCCACUCACAAUCAUCCUUUCCUCCGGAAGUCCAACGGCGGUAGCGAAAAAGAACGUUCUGACGCCAUUAAUGAUGACGGAAGCCGGAAUUCAGAGAGCAAAACUCCGCCGGCUAGGCGCCACUCCCAUGCCGGCACGAGAACCUCCUUGAAGAAGAUGGAGAAGAUCAGCGAAGUUCUUGACGAGAAGAAGCCCAAGAAAGCUAGGCGUCCCUCUUUCAUGAGGAAGUUAAAAAAAUCUCGACCAAGUACUAGUAGCUAUGAGGAUAACUUCGAGGCGAAUUUCACCAUGCACGACGAUGAAGAUGAUGUUGACUUGGAGAGUGACGACAAUGAUGCACGACCAGACAGCGUUGAUGACAAAGUGAGGAGAAAGGAGAUGAGAAAGGGUAUUGACUUGGCCACCACUCUCGAACGUAUUGAGAAGAACUUUGUCAUUACCGAUCCCAGGCUGCCUGAUAAUCCCAUUAUAUUUGCAUCUGAUAGCUUCUUAGAGCUUACAGAGUAUAGUCGUGAAGAGAUUCUUGGAAGAAAUUGCAGAUUUCUUCAAGGACCCGAAACUAAUCCAGCCACAGUACGGAAAAUCAGAGAAGCAAUUGAUACUCAGACCGAUGUCACCGUCCAGCUCAUCAAUUACACCAAGACUGGGAAGAAGUUCUGGAACUUGUUCCAUUUGCAGCCUAUGCGUGAUCAAAGGGGAGAAGUACAAUACUUUAUUGGAGUGCAAUUAGAUGGAAGCCAACAUGUUGAACCGCUUUAUAACUGUAUUCCUCAGGACAAGGCGAAUGAGAGUGCUCAGCUGGUAAAGAAAACAGCUGAAAAUAUUGAUGAAGCUGUCAGAGAACUUCCCGAUGCCAAUAUGAAACCAGAGGAUUUGUGGAUGAAUCAUUCAAAGGUGGUUCACCCAAAGCCUCAUAGGAAGGAUACCCCAUCAUGGAAAGCUAUUCAGAAGAUUCUGGCUAGUGGUGAAGAAAUAAGCCUAAAGCAUUUCAGACCAGUAAAACCACUGGGGUCUGGUGAUACUGGCUAUGUGCACUUAGUGGAACUAUGUGAAACUGGUCAAUAUUUUGCUAUGAAAGCUAUGGAUAAGAACACUAUGCUCAACCGUAACAAGGUUCACAGGGCUUGUGCAGAAAGAGAGAUCCUUGAUAUGUUAGAUCACCCAUUUCUACCUGCACUAUAUGCUUCAUUUCAGACCAAAACUCAUGUUUGUCUAAUAAGUGACUACUGCCCUGGAGGUGAGCUAUUCCUCCUCUUGGACAGUCAACCAACAAAAGUGUUGAAGGAAGAUGCUGCAAGAUUCUAUGCUGCAGAAGUCGUAGUGGCACUGGAGUACCUUCACUGUCAAGGAAUAAUUUAUAGGGAUUUGAAGCCUGAAAAUGUUUUGAUUCAGAGUAGUGGACACAUAUCAUUAACUGAUUUUGACUUGUCAUGCUUGACAUCUUGCAAGCCACAGCUUCUAGUUCGUGAAGCCAAUGAGAAGAAAAAGCAUCAAAAAGCCCAGCAGAAUCCAAUAUUCAUGGCUGAACCAAUGCGAGCCUCAAAUUCUUUUGUUGGAACUGAAGAGUAUAUAGCUCCGGAAAUCAUAACUGGAGCAGGGCAUACUAGUGCAGUAGACUGGUGGGCUCUUGGCAUUCUUCUGUAUGAAAUGUUCUAUGGAUAUACACCCUUCAGGGGCAAGACAAGACAGAAGACAUUCGCUAAUAUUCUGCACAAGGAUCUGAAAUUUCCAGGAAGCAUACAGGUUAGUCUGCCAGCAAAGCAGCUAAUGUACAGAUUGCUGCACAGAGAUCCUAAAAACAGGUUGGGAUCACGUGAAGGGGCAAACGAGAUCAAACAACAUCAAUUCUUCAAAGGUGUUAAUUGGGCUUUAAUCCGAUGCAUGAGCCCUCCAAAACUAGAUACUCCUUAUUCCCAAACAAAUGGAGAUGGGAAGGAAGAAAAAGCGGAUUCUGGCAUGGAGGACUUGCAAGCAAAUAUCUUCUAAUGGAAGCAGAGGCAAAGCCUAUACAACUAACAUUCAACAUUCAAGUGGCACGAAAGUGACAUGUUUCUGGAUCAGUGCAAGUUGUAGGGAUGAAAAAGAAAUGAAAGAGCAAAUCUGGAUUUCCUGCAGCUUUACAUUCACUGUUUUGUCAUUUUUAUUUUUUUGUUGCUCUUUGGUAAUUGUAAAGAAAUUAAUCUUUUUUUUGGGUUUCCUUUUGUUUACCAUAAACAGUUUGAUAUGUUUAUGCAUUUUAUGAUGUUUACCAUUUUUUAGUUGAAGUUCCCUAUUUAAAAUUUUGAUUAACCACCCCUUUUAAUGUGCUAAGAGCAUCUCCAAUGCUAUACUUUUAACAUUAAAAAGAUAAUGACACAUGUUAAAAA